AUGGCAUCCAAUAAUUUUUCGCUUCCAUACCCCAUCCUCAAUGAAGACAAUUAUCAAUCUUGGGCUAUCAAGAUGAAAUCUCAUUUGAAAUCUUUGAGUUUAUGGGAAGUUGUUGAGAGUGACUAUGAGCCUACCCCUCUUCCACAAAAUCCAACCCUAAAACAAAUCAAGAAGCACGACGAAGAAAAAGCAAAGAAGCCAAAAGCCCUCUCUCGUAUUCAUUCGGCCGUGUCGGAUGGAAUCUUCACAAGUAUAAUGACUUGUGAAUCACCUAAGGAGGCGUGGGAGAUGCUAAAGGAAGAGUUCGAAGGCAACGAUCAAACAAAAUUGAUGCAAGUUCUGAAUCUUAAGAGGGAGUUUGAGAUGCAAAAGAUGAAGAAAGGUGAGACCAUCAAAGAGUAUGUCGGUAAGCUUAUGGCUAUUGUCAAUCAAAUUAGAUUGCUUGGUGAAACAUUUUCAAAUGAAAGAGUGGUUGAUAAGAUUUUAGUGACUGUUCCCGAAAGGUAUGAGUCCAAAAUUUCCUCACUUGAAGAUUCCAAAGACCUAUCCAAAAUAACUCUAGUGGAUUUAGUCAAUGCCCUUAGUGCCGUAGACCAAAGGAUAGCAAUGAGGAAGGAAGAAAAUGGUGAAAAAAUUGAAGAAUCCUUUUUAGCCAAGACUUCAUCUUCAAAAGGGAAAGGCAAAUGCGUCCAAUGCAACAAUUGUAAGAAACUUGGUCAUGAGGAGAAGGAUUGUUGGCAUAAAGGAAAACCUCAAUGUCACAAAUGCAAGAGAUUUGGUCAUAUCCAAAAAUAUUGUCGAUAUAAUGGUAAAGAACAAGCAAACAUGGCACAAGCAGUUGUAGAAGAAAUUUUAUUCUAG